CCGCUAUGAAUGAGGGGACCGCUGGGGACAUUUCAUUUCAUUCAUUUGUAAAAGAAAAAAACAGUAUACUAUAAAUACAAUCAUUCUCCAAUCUACAACGAAAAGAAGCAGAAAGAAGACGGUUCUUUUUUAAAUAUGUUCCCACACUCACAGUCCUUGUAACAGUUACAGUAUUUAAUUCACACUGUCAAUUUAAGCGACAUUCCGGAUUUAACCGAAAUAUUCGUUUGUAUUGGACAAUGCUACCCAAUUCUACCCAAGUACCAUGCAGUAGUGUAGUUACAUUGCAACCGCCUUAUUAACCGUUUAUCCGAGCUCACUUGAACGUCUCAUGCUACCCAGUAAAAUUCAAGCGACGUCCUCGGCAGAGCCCAGCAGCAACAGCAGCUCCCUCGGGACCAUCCACGUCGCAGACCAUAUUCACGCUCAUAUUUUCUACGCUUUUAGGCAACAUGGAGCAGAAAAACAACAAUCAAACCAUCAACUUCGGGGCUGGGCCUGCUAAACUCCCUCCGCCGGUGCUGUUUCAAGCCCAGAAGGAGUUGCUCAGCUACAGUGGCCUUGGGGUCAGUGUGCUUGAAAUGAGCCACCGAUCACCAGAAUUUGGCAAAAUCAUCAACAAAUCAGAGUGUCUCCUACGAGAGCUGUUAAACAUACCAGACAAGUACAAGGUGAUGUUCCUGCAGGGUGGUGCGUCCGGACAGUUCAGCGGCAUCCCUCUCAAUCUGAUUGGCCUGAAGGAGGACAAGUGUGCCGACUACAUCGUGACUGGGACGUGGUCAGCGAAAGCUGCAAAGGAAGCAGAGAAAUAUGGCAAAAUCAACGUAGUUCACCCCAAGCUGGAUAGUUACACGAAAAUCCCUGACUCCAGUAGCUGGACUUUAAACCCCGCUGCGUCCUACGUGCACUACUGCUGCAACGAGACCGUGCACGGUGUGGAGUACAACUUCAUACCAGAGACAAACGGGGUGCUCCUUGUCAGUGACAUGUCCUCAAAUUUCCUGUCACGGCCUGUAGAUGUUUCAAAGUUUGGGCUCAUUUAUGCUGGUGCUCAGAAGAAUAUUGGAUGUGCCGGGGUCACCGUGGUCAUCGUGCGUGAGGACUUGCUAGGCCACGCACAGAAAGAGUGUCCCAUCAUUUUGGACUACAAGAUACAGGCGGAGAUGAACUCAAUGUACAACACGCCACCUUGCUUCAGUAUCUACAUCAUGUGUCUGGUUCUGGAGUGGACCAAAAACAAUGGCGGUGUUGCUGCUAUGGACACUGUGAACAGACAGAAGUCUGGCAUCAUUUAUGACAUCAUCAACUCUUCCAAUGGCUUUUAUGUGUGUCCAGUAGAGGAGACCUGUCGCAGCCGCAUGAAUAUACCAUUCCGUGUUGGGAAGAAAGAGGGAGAUGAGAGCUUGGAAAAGGAGUUUGUGAAUGGAGCAUCCAAACGUGGCAUGAUCUCACUGAAGGGACACAGGUCAGUCGGGGGAAUUCGUGCCUCUUUGUACAAUGCUGUAACAAUGGAGGACACCGAAGCACUGGCCCAAUACAUGAAGGAAUUCCUAAAACAGCAUCAGUGAGCUGGGCUGUGAUCACUGCAAUACAGUUAAAGUCUCUGUUUGAAUUGUAGUAAUGGACUAAUACUGGAUGAAGAGUAACGUGAAUUGCACAUGAAUUGCUUUGUUGCUGAAUCGGAUGUAACAGGCACAUUUGGUAGAUUAAAAUGACUGUAAGUGUUUUAAUGUAAAUACUACGUCAUGUUUAAAUUCAAGAAUACAGUUAAGUUUAUUGUUAA